AAAAAAAUGAAACUUUUUGACAAAGCGCAUUUUCUUGAUCCCCGGGCUUUUCUUUUUUUAAAAAUCAGUAAGGCCUUCCAUUAUUAUGAGACCCCCUUCCUGGUCGUGGCGGCCCUAAGCUUUUGAUUUUAUAUUUUUGCUUUUAAUAAAUUUGACUUUGUUUAUAUUAUAUUUAUUGUCUAAACAGGGUUAAGUUGACAGGUUCGGGCUGAUUGGGGUGGGGGGUAAGGUGUGCCACUGAAUCCACCGCUGAAUCCACCAAUAAAUCCACAACUGAGCUCCUGUACAAUGAUUUAUUCCUAAUAUUCAAAAGGCUGAUGACAUGACGUCAAGUAAAUCCACAGAUAUUCAAGGUUUGUCUUUAGUGUAAACCCGGGGUUUCUGGUGAAGAUAACAUUAAAUUUACAUUAUAAAUCCAUUUUUAAAUGUCCUUUGUUUUAAAUUGUACAGCCCCAGAGACAGUUUUACAUUGUACCGCCACAGAGACAGUUUUACAUUGUACCGCCACAGAGACAGUUUUACAUUGUACAACCUCAGAGACAGUUUUACAUUGUACCGCCACAGAGACAGUUUUACAUUGUACAGCCACAGAGACAGUUUUACAUUGUACCGCCACAGAGACAGUUUUACAUUGUACAGCCACAGAGACAGUUUUACAUUGUACCGCCACAGAGACAGUUUUACAUUGUACAGCCACGGAGACAGUUUUACAUUGUGCAACCUCAGAGACAGUUAUACAUUAUACAGCCACAGAGACAGUUUUACAUUGUACAGCCCCAGAAACAGUUUAACAUUGUACAGCCUCAGAGACAGUUUUACAUUGUACAACUACAGAGACAGUUUUGCAUAGUACAAUCUCAGAGAAAAAAACCUCAAAGACAUUUCUACAUUGUACAACCUCUGAGACAGGUUUACAGUGUACAACCUCAAAUACAGUUUUGCAUAGUACAACCUCAGAGAAAAAACCCUCAAAGACAUUUCUACAUUGUACAACCUCAGAGACAGGUUUACAGUGUACAACCUCAAAUACAGUUUCGCAUAGUACAAUAUCAGAGAAAAAACCUCAAAGACAGUUCUACAUUCUACAACAUCAGAGACAGGUUUAAAUCUAUGGCUUUGACUUUUUUUUCUUUUUCUUUUUUUUUUUUUUUUUGCAGUGCUCAAAAACGAAUACACCUUCUAGUUUUUAACAAGUAUCUCAGAAAAUGUUUAAAUAAAUUAAAUGUGAUUUCUGUGUUCAUCAGGUUUAAAUCUAUGGCUUUGACUUUUUUUUCUUUUUCUUUUUUUUAUUUUUUUGCAGUGCUCAAAAACGAAUACACCUUCUAGUUUGUAACAAGUAUCUCAGAAAAUGUUUAAAUAAAUUAAAUGUGAUUUCUGUGUUCAAUCUGUGAUAAUUGAGUAUCGAUUACUUCUGAAAAAUGAAUGUAUUUCCUUGUUUGAAUGGUAGAAGGACUCUUUCAAUUACUUUCAAUAAAUAGAAAUUGCUAAAGCAAAUAUCGAUCCUAAGAAAUUAUUUUGUUCCGCCCGUCGAUUGCAAGUUUCAAACAUUCCUUGAAGAUGUACUUUUUCCUGUGGGAAUUUGUAUUUAUUUAUUUCCUUGAUUUAAAAAAAAAAAAUAAGUUUCUUGUUGUUGUUGUUAUCGUUAAUUUGCCUAGAGGCGUAAUAAUUUCAUUUUGCAACGGAGAUCUGUGUUAAGAAUAAUAAGGACGUAAGAAAAAUGUAAUGCUUAAAUUGUAAGAUGACCAAAGUUUUUAAUGAAAGAUAUUUUGACAGUUUGUCAUUAUUUUGAUGCGGAGUUCUUGACUAAUAAACUUUA